AACUUAGCUGAUAGAGAGCGUUUUUUCAGGCAGGCUAACUGAAGAAAAUGAGACUUUUGCUAGUUCUCUUAGCGGUGAUUGUCUUGGCAGAGGGUCACGUCGCGUAUUGGGACUUACCCUUUUGUGGUAUGUGCAAAGAUUUGGUUGGCAAAUUGAAAGGACAUGUUGAAGGAGGAGUUAGCGGUCUUACACAGUUUGCAACCAAGUUCUGUGACAACGUUCCCCUCGUUGCGGAAGGAUGCAAGAGCAUGGUAAAGGAUAAUAUAGACAGAAUUGCGGCAGAAUUAAAGAACAACGUCGAAACGGAAAAAAUUUGUAUUCAUAUGCAACUAUGUUGGUAAAUCCAUAUUCAAUAAAGACUUCACGCUCUGAUGUUUUAGC